AUGGAGCGACGAACGCUCCUAUGUCUGUUGGUUUGUUUACCGGCGUCGGCCGUGCUGCGCCCGGGAUUUGGCGGUGUGUUCUGUUCGGCCAUUUCUUUCCGAGACAGUGCGCUCGACAGCAGCCAUGAGAGUCUAGACAUUUCAAGCGAAGCAAGUCAGUUGUGGAGUGGAGAGGAGGAAAACGCACGCCGUCUCGAGGAAUCGGGGGACGUGGCCGCGCUGUUGGACGCCGACUGGCGCAUCCGCGGUACCUCUGGCGAAGAACCCGCUUCGCUGAGAGCGCUGCAAGACCUCGAAACGGCCGAGUCUGCUCUCCCUGCGUCGCCCGUUGCUGACGCUCCAGCGACCGGUGACGCGUUUCCUUCGUACAUGCCCCUGGCGGAACUGAACAGCGAGGGCCAGCGCGUGUUUCCCAACGGGAGCGUUGUGCCGAUUCCGGAAAAAGACUCCGACGGUCUUCCCGUGAUAGGGUGGCGACCGAGCGAAGAUGGCGAGGACUUCACUGUGACGCUGCUUACUGCGACGGGAGACCUGAAAGAAGUCAAGACGACGAAGCAAGAGCUCCAGGACAGCAUCCUCAAAGGGACACCCCUCGAUUUCAAGAUUGUCGACGGCUCCGAAGACGAGGUGGUCUCCCCCCAACACCACAAAUGCAAACUUCAGGGCUGUUUCAGUGCAAGUUUCAGCAUGAUGCCCAUGCCAACCCCGAUGCCCAUGCCAACCCCGAUGCCCAUGCCGAUGCCCGUGCCGAUGCCCAUGCCAAUGCCCAUGCCGAUGCCCAUGCCUUACCCAACUCCCGUUCCUACUCCGAUGCCGAUUUACCCGCCAGUCCAUCAGAAAGUCCAGGGCGGCUUCACAAACCAGAACGCGUGGUUUUCGGGAGGGUCUUCGUCGCAGUCAGGGUUCUACGGAGCCUCGACUGGACCCGGGAUGAUGGGCAUGGGUGGUUUCCCAGGCAUGAUGUAA